AGUUACAUUUCCUUCCAAAGGUAUAUUCAUCUCUCUCCCUUCACACUCCUUAGAUUCUUGGCAAAUUAUCUUUAAUGGAGGAAGCUCAGAAUCCGACCGAGCCAUCACCAAAUAGGGAUGAAGUGUCGGAGCAGCAAGCAGCAGAGGCCGCAGAAAAACCAAGAUAUCGUCUCUUCUUAAAUUUGAAAACUCUCCGGUUUCGCAAAGUGAAAGUUAAUUCUUCUAGCUCCUCUGCUGAUCAGAAAGAUGAUGUAGCAAUGAACGAGGGAGGUGAAAACACCGAGAACGAUUCAAAUAAGAGAAAAGAAGGACCUGAAACUAAAACAACUUCUGCAGAAACUCCAUCUGAGAUAAGAAGAGAACAUCCUCCUGGUUCUGGUUCCGGUUCUCAAACAACUUCAGCAGAAACUUCAAUCAAGAAAAAAGAUGACUCUUCUUGUUCUGGAUCAAAGAAGAGAAAAGACAAACAUACUCAAACAACUUUUGAAGAUGGAAACACUUGAGAAGUUCAUGAUAUUUCAAAAUCCAUAAUUGUUCCCUUUUCUUUUCAGUUGAUUUUUUAGGAAGGAUAAUUAGAAAUUUAAUUCCCAUGCUGUUAUACAUUUUUCUGUUAUAUUGUUCAGA